UCUGUGAGCUGCUGGCAUGCCCCCAGGGGCUGAUUAUGAGUCCGGGGGGCACAGGGUACUUGAGACAGGGGAGCCCUAUCUCAUUGCUGAGCCUGCUGUGGGUUGGGGGCGUGGCCUAAUCGCGGACGCGAGGCCACGCCCCAUUAUGCAAAUUCCAGGAUUAUUAUUUUUUUUUUAUGGUAUUUUGGCCCCUCAGCUAGAGGUAAAUCCAGAGGAGGUGGUCGCUGCCCCUACACACCCGCACAGGCAGAAGAAAGCAGGGAGACUGCUGCCUCCCUGCAACACCACAGACCUGACAACACGCAGCAGCGUGUGCUGACUGUAGCACAAUGCUGCUGCUGUUACUGGCAGGACGGGGGAGCUUCUGAGCUGGGACAGAGCUACUCCAGCCGGGGUGCCCCAUAAAACUGUGGGGCCAACGUGCCCGGCAGCUGCGCGAGGUCUGCGGUGUGUGACUGAGGAGGGGAAGGAGUGAUGUGGACGGGCAGAGGAAGCAGGAAUACAGCCUAAGAGAGUCAGCCAUGCCAAGUCUCCACCAGCAGCAGAUGCCAAUAGGUUGGAGUGGAACAGCAGCAGCCAGCAGCAGUGACUCCGAGUCAUGGCUGGGAAGCUGAAGUGGGUGACGGAUAUUGAGAAGUCUGUGUUAAUCAAUAACUUUGAGAAAAGGGGAUGGGUCCAGGUGACGGAGAGUGAGGACUGGAACUUCUACUGGAUGAGUGUGCAGACCAUCAGAAACUGCUUCAGUGUGGAGACCGGGUUCCGUCUGUCCGAUGAUCAACUUGUCAAUCACUUUCCCAACCACUACGAGCUGACUCGGAAAGAUCUAAUGGUGAAAAACAUCAAGAGAUACAGGAAAGAGCUAGAGAAAGAAGGCAGUCCCCUCGCAGAGAAGGACGAGAAUGGAAAAUAUCUGUAUUUAGAUUUUGUCCCUGUCACCUUCAUGCUGCCAGCGGAUUAUAACCUCUUUGUAGAAGAAUUUAGGAAAAACCCGUCCAGCACCUGGAUCAUGAAACCCUGUGGGAAAGCUCAGGGGAAAGGGAUAUUUCUCAUCAACAAACUCUCCCAGAUUAAGAGGUGGUCCAGGGACAGUAAGACCUCAUCGUUUGUGUCCCAGUCAUCUAAGGAAGCCUACGUCAUCUCCUUGUACAUCGAUAAUCCGUUGCUCAUCGGAGGGAAGAAAUUCGACCUACGCCUGUACGUUCUUGUGACCACUUACCGGCCGCUCAAGUGUUUCAUGUACAAGCUUGGAUUCUGCCGCUUCUGCACUGUAAAAUACACGCCUAGCACAAGUGAGCUGGACAACAUGUUUGUGCAUCUAACAAAUGUCGCUAUUCAGAAACAUGGGGAUGACUAUAAUCACAUCCACGGCGGGAAAUGGACAGUAAGUAAUUUGCAUCUGUACCUGGAGAGCACGCGAGGACGAGAAGUCACUGAUAAACUCUUUGAUGAAAUUCACUGGAUUAUUGUACAGUCGCUGAAGGCCAUGGCGCCAGUGAUGAAUAACGACAAACAUUGCUUUGAGUGUUACGGUUAUGACAUCAUCAUUGACGACAGGCUGAAGCCAUGGCUCAUAGAGGUUAACGCUUCUCCGUCUCUUACUUCAAGCACGGCUAAUGAUCGCAUUCUGAAGUACAACCUCAUUAAUGACACUCUGAAUAUAGUGGUUCCCAACGGAGAGAUUCCAGACUGCAGGUGUAAUAAGGUCCCACCCAAAGAAGCUCUGGGCAGCUAUGAAAUCUUAUAUGAUGAAGAGGCAGCUCAGGCUGAUGGGUCUGAUCGAGAACUGAGGAAUCGACCCGGGCAGACUUUCGGCUUUAAAGGAGGUCGGACAAGAGAGUCUGGGAGAUCUGCACCUACCACAUGGAAAUAAUUGGUGGACCUUGCUGAUGGUUAUUUAAAAUUCUAAUGGAGCAGGAGGACGUGGGGACCUGCCUGUUACUACUGAGCUGUGACCCACAAAACAGUGUUUUUUAUUUAUUUUUGUUAUCUUAUUUAUUUAUUUUUUUGAGAAGAGGAAACGAGCGGAUUCCUGGUGGAAGUAGCAGAUCAUGGUGACUGAAUGACGUUAUCCAGCUCAUAGGGAAAUUACUGACUGGCCAAAUUAUAACAUACAGAGAGGUCUAUUUACUAAGCCUCGGACAGAGAUAAAGUACCAGCCAAUCAGUUCCUAACUGUCAUUUUUCAAACCUUGCCUGUGACAUGGCAGGUAGGAAGCUGAUUGGCUGGUACUUUAUCUGCGUCCGAGGCUUAGUAAAUAGACCCCCGAGUUAUUUAAGAUUUCAGUCUGAUGUAUAAUAUGCACUUUAUGCAUGUCCAUCUCUGUGUAUUGUUCUUAUUGUUUGUUACUAUAGUGCUAGAUUCCACACCACGGUAUGGUACACAUCUAUAGCAAAAAACGUUGGGUUCUUAAAUAAAGAAUAAGCUCCGUUUCAA